UGCUGUACAGGGGUAUUACAGGGGUGUGUACUAUAUAAAACUAUUUAAUUUUUUGUUUACCUUUUUUGUCAAGAUUAAGCAAGGUUAAUUACGCCUAGAAUAAUCCCGUUAACUAAUAAACACAACGACCUCUAAAACCCAAAAUUUCAUUUAAACCUACCUGCAAACCCAUUACCCGUUCUAGUCCAAAUUACUACCAAUAAAGUACUUACUCCGUAAUAAAAUACUUAGUCUGUGCUCACAGCUUGGCCGCAGGCUCCAGUAUUGAACGAGUCAUUAUUGGAUGAAAUGAGUUUAAACUUACACGCAAAUAAACAUACCAAAAUACGCCCUAUUCAUUUUAAAUAAAGCUCAAAAUCCUUCCUCUUAAAAUCACCUGCAGUAACCUUAAUCUAUCGCUAUUUAAAACUACGCUUUAUCUCUUCGAUCUUAAAGCUCAAAAUGCCUUAGUUGUAUGUUAUAACAGUCAACUCCCAACGGAAUAGGCGUGGCCUCAGACACCACUAAGCAUUCGCUACAAUCUUCGUCAGUCGAGAUCCGACGCUCAAUCGCGAAGUGAGUGCAGUGUUGUGUGAAAUGGAGUCCGAAAUAAGCAAAAUGCCUACCAAAAUACCACCGAAAAACUUCUCAAUCGAAUCCAUCGUCGGAAUAAACGAGCGAAGAUCACCAGAGAUCGAUAUCGAGAAUUCUAUAUCGCAGGAUUACGCGAAUUCGGAGGACGAAGAAGCUAAGAUCCGGGAUGCGAAGAUGGGGUACUAUUUCCAGCAGAAUCGGGUGCCGAAUUUCCCGUUUUUCAUGUCGUAUGACAAGAGGGUGAUGGGAUUUGAGGGUCAGGGGGAGGAGCUGAAGCGGGCGAGUCCGGGCAGCGCGAGGAGCGAAGUUGAUAGCGACGGGGUUGACGAGAGACCACAUGAAUCACUCAGUCCGCAGUCGGAACAAAUGACGAACUCAAAUUCGGUGCCAGACCCAAAUAUAAGGCGAUACCGCACCGCAUUCACGCGGGAGCAACUGGCACGGCUUGAGAAGGAAUUCUUCAAGGAGAACUACGUUUCCAGACCGCGACGUUGCGAGCUCGCUGCGCAGCUUAACCUCCCUGAGUCCACCAUCAAGGUAUGGUUUCAAAACCGAAGAAUGAAAGACAAGCGUCAACGCAUCGCGGUUGCAUGGCCAUACGCCGCCGUGUAUAGCGACCCAGCCUUCGCGGCGUCAAUCCUACAAGCCGCCGCGUCCUCCGUCGGCCUGCCCUACCCCUACCCCUCCCCGAUCAUACCCCCCUUCCACAACCCCCAGCUCAUCCCCGGCAACUACCCGUACUACCCCCGCUACCCAUACAUCCCCCCCACACCCCCCUCGCCUGUCAACCCCGAGAUACGACCACAGUACUCCAACUUCAAUUUAAAUGUAGACAAGUAGGUUUUUAGGUUAUUUAUUGCGUUUGAUUGUUAUGUACUUGUAAAAUAGUGAAAUCCAGUGAUUUUUAAUUUAAAUACAAACUGUUAAAAUAACGAUACAAUUUAAAUUAUUUAAAGUUACAUUGGCUUUCGGCCCGAACUUUAAGAUACGUCAAAAAUUUACUAAAGAUGCGAUAUGGAUUAGAUAUGUCAGAGUCAAAGGUGACGUUUCUUCCAUCAAAAAUACUUUUUAGUGUUUUUCUGUCCCGUUUUCCGAGGGACAACAUUAUGAUGCAAAGAAAUAGAUACCAUAUGCAUUAGAUAUGUUUCUUCCAACAAAAAUAUUUGGAUGGAUUGACUUUUUAGUGUUUUUCUGUCCCGUUUUCCAGGGGACAACAUUUUAUAUUAAAUAUGUUAAAACGGAUCACUCACGUAUUUUAAGUCGAGAACGCUCGACAACAUUUUGAUGCAAAGAAAAAUGAUACAAUAUGCAUUAGAUAUGUUAGUGUCAAAGUGACGUUUCUUCAAACAAAUGUAUUUGGAUGGAUUGACUUUUUAGUGUUUUUCUGUCCCGUUAUCCAAGGGACAACAUGUUGUAGCAAACAUGUUGUAUCACGUUUUGUUAAAAUGUUUAGUAGACCCAUUGUUUAGCGAUCCAUUAUGGAAAUGGCUUAUAAGUAAAAUUGCAUGUUUCGUAAAUUUAAAUACAAUAAAAUCAGGGUAAUACUAAAAGGUUGAUUCACCCAUUUACCAAUUUCCAAGCACAGAGGGCCUACCGCGAAUACCGAAGUUCGUUAAUGAGGGCUAACGCGUUUAAUAACGCGUUAAACUUCUAGUGUAGACGGAGGUCUUUCAAAAUGUCAAAUGCAUAGUAUUUUUGGGGGUUACCAGCUUUUUUAUCGCAAAUUUUCACUCCUCAUUCAUAAUUAUGGUUAAUAAAAAAUAUUUCUGAUUAUUCAAUAAAUGUUAGUAUUUUUAAAAAAGUGCCUACUAAAAUAUAUGCAAAAUUUUACAGCUUAACCCCUAGCUACUGCAUGUAAGUAAUAAAAAAUAUUAGUUGAAAUUUGAACUUUAAUACUUGCCAAUAGAAUUGAAUGUUAUAUCCGCCAUAUAUGGUUUCAUAUGUGGUAAGGGGUUAAAUAUUAGCGUUAUUUGACGUAUCUUUAAGUUCGAAUCAGUCCAUCAUACAUUUACCGCUAAGCUACGUUCGUAGCGCCACGUCGUAGCCAAUAAAAUAGUUUAACUGUAUGAUUUAAGAAUUUAAUUUAAUAUUAUUCUACCAUUCCAUAAAAUAGUCUGAACACAAUUUUGUAAUAUCACUCGUUUGAUGAUAUUCCUUCGUAUUUUUUAUAACUUAUACUUGUUUCUGACGAAUUCAAAGCCAAGCGAGUGAUAAAUUAUACUGUUAAGAGCAAUUCCUAGUUGAGCAACUUUUCAAAUCUCGAAUUUUUGAAGCUAUGUUUCUGUCGCGCUGCGGUGGGCCGGAGUGCGUGCGUGCCAUGACAACUGCAGCUCGGACUAAAAUUCCCACGCAAAAAACUCAAAAAUCGAUGUUUCGUUCUCGACUGUUUCAACCAAUCAUUAUGAAAUUUUGGAAACUGCAAGAGGAAGAAAUAACCUAUGUUUUGAUUUUUUGGAUAUUUGUGGUCAUAUUUGUAUACUGCACCUUUUUUUGAAGCCAAUUCAAUUGAGCCGUUUUUGCGAUUAUCGAGGCGCUGUAAGUUUCUUUAAAAUAAAAUAAUCCAAAAAAGCAAAACAGCGGCAUAGAUAUUGAUGAUA